AGCAGUAUAGCAGUACAGUAGGUCGAACAUUUUGCCUGAAUUUGUUGCACUGUAUCGACUUGCCUGAUCUGGCUGGUUUGCCUGAAAUUCUUGUACUGACACGACCUCUCCCCGACUCCAGAGCACUGGCAGGUAGCCUCGUAGAUUUUCAAUCAGCUGAUCUCACAUACUAUACACUGCCACAAAAUGGGUCCAAAAAAUCGCAAAAAGUUUAUUUGCGUAAAAUGUGAGCGAAAAUUUCUCACAGAGAACGCAGCCUGGACACACAUAUCAUUUGAGCAUCCAGGGAACCCAGAUUUAUCCGUAGAAAUACAAUGCUGUAACUGUAAUCAACAAUUUUUAAAUUUAUCAGAACAUGACCAACAUGUGCUUGAAAUACACCAUGAGAAACAAAUAGAACCAGAACCAACUCUUUGCAUUAGCGGCGAUGAAACACCUAUUUGUAAAUCCAAAUAUAAAUAUUAUUGUUCUCUCUGCAGUAGAAAGUUUGGUUCAGAGAAUGCGCUAUGGACCCAUGCAGCUUUUAAGCAUGUAGACAAUUGUCAAGAUCUUUCUACGCAAUAUUACUGUGAUCCGUGUAAACUAGUUUUUGAAUCGUUGCAGGAGUUUAAUCAGCAUCAGGAGAUCUCUUUAGAACCUAAUAAUGCAGAGUCACCUGCAGAUUUUGAUCCCAGAGAGAACGGGUCCAAGGUUCCGGUUCAGGAACGAGAUUUGUCGUCGGAGAUAUUGCUCAUGUCAACUAUAUUAACCAAUGACCUGCUGGAAGAGCAUGUCGGGGUACUGGAGCGGAAGGUUGAGUACUUGGAGGAGUAUAUGAGAAACCUGAUGAGCAAUUUAUUGAGUAUACCUGAACCCAGCCCUUCUCCUGAUAUUGUUCGACCUAGGAUGGAAAGACGGGAUAGCCUUGAAGACCAUAAUUAUAGCUGUGAGAGUCCUAUGCCCCUGGAGGACCCGGAAAACCAGGAUGUUGAAGAAGAAGACCGACGGACGGAGCUGAGUAUGGGAAUAGAGUUCGGAGAAACAAUAUGUGAAGGAUCCUACCUCGAGGUUUGUAGAGAGGAAACCGUCGUGGAUACACCUCACCAGGAGGAACAGGAGAUGGAUACAGAUCAGGUUCUUCAGGAUAUCCGGCUCCAGAUACAUCAUCUGGAUAUACCUACCUUGGAAAACCUAGUUAAUUCUGAUCUUCAAACUUUUGAUUUACCUUUCUAUGAUCUACCUGAUUCUACAGUACAAGAUACAUUAGAUGAAUCCCAAGCUGAAACUAAGACCCGGAGAAAACUAUCCCGGAGCCGAGCACUGCCAACCCAGGAUGCGGAGGGAGGAAUGGAAACUGGAAGAAAACGUUCUCAAUCCCGUCCUACCCUAGCAUCAGCGUAAUAAUAUUCAAUCAGUCAUCUUUUCUAAGAAUUCAGAUAGGACUCGACCUUCCUGCAGAAUGGAUGAUCGCGGUCACAGCACCUUGAUGGAAUGAUUUCAAAUCAUUUUUUCGAAAUCAUUAGGUUCAUAAUAAUUAAUAACGUUUUGCCGUGUACAAAGUUUUUAAAUGAUUUAAGUUUUAUUUCCAAUGACUUGGAACUUGGUAGUGAUCAAUUUUCUCUAUUUGAAUAACACAAUAGUCACAUUUUAGAAAAAUAGUUAAGCAAAUGUUUUCUCACAUUUUUUUUUAUGAUAUUGAAGUUUUAAGAACGUAAAUUGUUUUCAAGAAGGCAAGGUGUCAAACGUUUUAUUACAAGAAUAUCUAUUUAGAAAUCUGUACCUGUUUUUUUUAUAAAAACAGUAAAUAAAUACCCCUCCCCCUUGCCAAGAAAAAAACUGCGUACCCCAAUUGUUAUUUCCUGGUCAUUGAAGAAUAUAUUGUUAAAAUUUUUCCUAUUUAUUUAUACUUAUCCUAAAUCCAACAUUAAAUCACUAAAUUGCUCCUAUUUAAGCAUUUUGAUAUUGUUAUUUAGAUCAAAAAAGGAAGUUUUUAAAACAUAGAUACCUCUCUCAGCUCUCUCCUCUAAUUAUAAUAAGAUUUUUUUUCACAAAGAAAUAAUAAAAAAUGACUCGUUAAAUGUUACAGAUUUGAUAAAUGUUAUAAAUGUUUUUAGUGUUCAAAUUAAUUGCUUUUACAUCAUGUAAUACCAGUUGUAUUCGAGUAUUUUCCUAAAUUCCCCCCUUCCAUUAAGUACAGGGUUCACCACAACGGAUGAGAUAAGAAGACGACUUGAUUCCAAUGUUAAAUUAAAUGUUAUUUAAUGAUACUGCAACAAAAAGAAACAUGUCUACAGUUGUAGAGAAUUGUUAAUAAAAAGGAACAUACAGUUUUAAUUCCGUACAGUCUUCUCUGAAGUUUCAUCCUCUCAGGGUAGCUCAAAAACUGAAGUUGUAGAUUUUUUAUAAAUUCUAAUUCGUCAUACGAUCAACCAUUUGCGGGGGGUCAUUUUAGGAAGGUAUGAAUCUUUAAAAUUGUUGUGUAAACAUAGAUUUGCCUGUACAACCCAUUAUUUAUACAUUUUUCAUCUUCAUACCCUAAAUGAAAGACUGUUUUUAGCAGAGAAAUAACAUAUUUCUGUGAUAAUAAAUCUUAGUCCAAUUUUUAAAAGCAACUACUGCCUGUUAAAAAUCUUCAAUCCUGUAUGUUCGGAUAAUCACAAACGACUGUCUUGUUUCUUAACUCUUAGUUCUCUUAUUAGUGUUCAGAUUUUAUUGAUAAAUGUUUCUUAUUCUGUUAGAACUCAAUAAAUUGAUUGCUGAAA